UCAAUAACCGUCAUCGAUGGCGGAGUCAACUCCAGUUGAAGUCCCUUGGUACAACGCCUUCCCGGAGCCCAAAUCUAUCCCCAAUGGCAUAUCAGCCGAAAAAUUACACAGUCUGUUACUCGAAUCCAGCAAUGUUUUGGUUGUAGAUGUCCGCCGCACCGAUUUUGAGGGAUCCUUUAUCAAAGGCGCUAUCAAUCUCCCAGCACAUUCUUUCUAUCCGACUCUACCGCUUGUUGUCUUCCAUUGCAACAGCUGCAAGCCCGGUGGUCGCGGACCACGUACAGCGGGAUGGUACCAGGAUGAACUCGAUAAGCAAGGAGUCACGGGGAGCCGAGCAGUCGUUCUUGAAGGGGGAAUCAAAGGCUGGGUAGAAAAGUACGGGGAUGACGAACUUACCUGUAAGCUUGAGUAUUGAUGGUCCAGUACGAUUCCUUGCAAGGAUCUUUAAAUUGACAUAAUACAUUCU